UACGCCAGGGUGAACACUGUCUGAGUGUCUUGGCUCGAUUUCAGUCGCAGGACUGGCACACUGGAGACUCAAUUUCAAGUUAGCAAUAAAUGUACCGGAUUGUGGAAGACACUUAUUUUGAAAAACAAAAUUUAAGCCAAACCUUUAUGGUCUUGAGUUUGACACACGUGCUUUACAACUUUUUGGGGGAAAAAAAAGAAAAAGAAAGAAUUGAAGCUCCUGAGUUGUUGUCACUUGCCGUGUCCCGAGGGCAGCGGUGAUGCAUGUUUCGACAUCUCACGUCUGGGGAAAACACGGCGGAAUCCUCCAUGAAUGCUUUGUGGGCUCCAGCUCAGGCUGCCAUCAUCAUCAUGAUCAUCACCAUCAUUUGAGUCAGUGGGUGGAGGCUAACGCAGACUACAAAUAUCGGCCCCCCCCCCGUCGUUGGACACUUACUUCAGCACACAGCGUUCCUGUGCUCCACUUUUUCCGCCACUUCCCUUUUGGAUCACCGCAGGAUAUUUUUUUUUUUCGUCGCAGUCAUGUUAAGAAACAACGUUUUCUCCUGUUUUGUUUUCUACGCCGUGCUGCUGGUGCUCAAGAUGUACAUGCUGGCCUUCAUCACGGGACAAGUCAGGCUAAGGAAGAAGGCUUUUGCCAACCCCGAGGACGCGAUGAGACACGGCGGACUGCAGUACCACAGGCUGGAUCCUGACGUGGAACGAUGCCGCAGGGCCCACCGCAACGAUAUGGAGAACAUCUUCCCCUUCCUCUUCCUGGGCACCAUCUACUCCAUGACGGGCCCGUCUCUGUCCACGGCUCGCCUCCACUUCCUGGCGUUCACGGCGUGCCGGAUGCUGCACAGCGUGGCCUACCUGGCCGCUCUGCCGGCGCCCACCCGCUCGCUGGCCUACGUGGCGGCGCAGGUGCCCUGUGUGUCCAUGGCGCUGCAGAUCCUGGCGGCGGUCGCCACCUACGCUUAAGCGCGCCAUCGGCACUCGCCGCUAAACCGACAUCGGACUCUGAAGUUUAUUGAAGGCGACGGGCGAGGGUUUCCCAAACUUGCUCGUUUUCGUCAACCUCGAAGACAAUUGGGUGUUUUCGUAAACACGCAGGACAAUUUUGUCGUCAGCGAACCUGACAUAUUUGCCUUUGUAAUAAUUAAUUUUUUUUUUGGGGGGGAAUAAAACAAAAUAAGUCACUUCAUAAACAUUGAAGACAAAUUCAGAAUAAAAUAAAAGUGUGACUGUAAACAUUGUCUUCAACAAAGCUAAUGUACGUGUUUUCAUAAAUAUCAGUCUUCCGCAAACGUAACGUACGUGUUUCGUAAAACUUUCUUUUUUUCAGACUCAAUUCAAAAAAUACAUAUCAUUUUUAUAAAUAUCAAAGGCAAUUUAGCCUUCCACAGACCUAACAUAUGCAGUUUCGUAAACAUUGAAGUCAAUUUAGUUUUUUUUAGUAAACUUAACCCGUAUGUUUUCGUAAACAUCGGUCUUCAACGAACCUCACGCACAUUUUGUGUUUUGGGAAACAUCAAAAACAAUUUAGUCCUCAACAAACAUAAUGUAUGUGUGUUUUCGUAUUCGUUUCUGUUAUUUUACAGAUUCAAACUAAAAAAGUGGACUUUUUGUAAACAUAAAACACAAUUUGGUACACAUCGGAAUCAACUUUGCCUUAAGUGAACUUAACGUGCGUACUUUGGUAAACAGCCACGAAUCUCACACCUUGUUCCGUAUUUGGGGGAUUUUUGGAAGAGUUUUUCGGAAACAUGAAAAAGACAAUUUAGCGAACCGACCGUACGUGCUUUCGUAAACAUCAAAGACAAUGCGGAGUCCUCAAUAAUGGACCGCUCAUACGCGAUUAUUUCGUGAGCGAUAUUGAUGACAUUUUCGGGUGGCCUCUUGAGCUGGGAAAAAUGUUUGUUAAAGUCUGAUUUUCACCGGAUGUUUACACGCAAACAAUAUGUUGGGUUGAAGUGUGUUGUGACAGCAUUAAGAAUCGACCCACGGUGGCUCUUUUUACUGUUUUUUUUUUUUCUCUACUUGAAAAUGCGAAGGAAGCUCCUCACGAGGACUGAAUAUUUCAUGUCUGAAUAUUUAUUUAAUUAUUUAAGAUACAACUUUAAAUGUAAUAAUAAUAUUAUUAUUUUUUGUGUAUUGUUUUGGGUGUGUGCAAGUUGAAAAUCAAAUCUGUCCAUGCAGACUUUUUUUUUCUCGCAAUAUUUUAACUUUAUAUGCCUGUGAGUCUCAUUGUAUGCUCUGUUUGUAUGUGUUGCUGCUCCAUGUGUGUUAAGUAGCAGCUGUUUGCGGGUUUACAAUUACCGUGACAUCUACUGUAUGGUGAUUUCCAUUAGCCCGUCUUUGUCGUGUAUUCCCACUUAUUUUGUGUGGAAAUUUUGCUCAAUAAAAUUAGGACUUUUCCCCUAAAAAUUCUGAUGCUUUCUCAAUAGAAUUACCAAAUUUCUCAUGAAAAUGAUGACAUUUUCCGAAUUAAAACUACCAUUUUUUUGUGAAGCCUGUGAAAUUUUCUUCCAGAAAAAUCACCGCUUUUUUCUCCCUCAAUGAAAUUAUUAAUUGGGUCAAACAAAUUAUGACAUUUUCUCCCCAAAAAGAUUUUCAGGCAAAACUAUUACUUAAAUGACUGCUUUUUUAUCUCAAUAAAAUGAAAUAAAAAAUCUAAUCUAACUUUUUUCUACUAGAAAAUUAGCCUUUUCCCUAAAAAAAAAAUGACCAUGCAUUCUCUCAAUUAAAUAACUUUUAUAAAUGAAGAUUAAGACAGUUACCACCUGUUUUGUAGAAAUUAUGAUUUUUCUUUCCCCAAAAAACAAUGUCACUUUUUUCUCAUAAAAUUCAAUUUGUAUUCAGUCGAAAUGACAACUUUCCCUCAAUAAAAUCCCGACUAAUCUCUUAAAAAUGACGUGGCCUUCCGCGUUACAUGUUCGGAUUCACCGAGCGGACUUUUGCUCUUACGUGGUUUGCUUGAACAUUUUUGUUGUUUGUUUAAAUGGCCAAUGUUUGAUUGUCUUUUGUUGGACGUGUCCAUUUUACAGCAAACGUCGACCGGCAGUGACAAAUAAACAGCUUGAAGCAAACGUC